GACCACACCGUCUCGGGAGUUGUAGUCCUCCAUCUGGUAGCGCUCUCCUAUGGAGAGAAAGAAAAGAAUUUAGUCCUAAGAGAAAAAGGAUGAGGCUGAACGAUAAAACCAUGCAAGUUCCUUGGGCCAAUGUCUCCGGCUCUCGAGCAGCGGCCGAGGCGCCUAGAAGACUGCUCCGCGAAGGGCGGGGAGACGUUACGUGGAGGCGGGCGUGACCCUGCCCAAGAGGGUUUGGCGGGAUUUCCGAAAGCCGCGGGUCGAGCGCGCUUUGUGGUUGAUACGGAGUCCGGGGAAGACCUGAGACGCGCCCGAAGACGCGUAGUUGGGAGCCUCGCCUCGUCUGGCUCGUACGCAGAAGGCUUAAGCAAAGGAGUAGAGAAGUGCGGCGCAAGUGAGGGGCCGGGGGGCCGUCAGGAGUCGCGCGCUCGCUAGGCCAGCGGACGGCAGUCGGAGCGCGCGGCCCGCCGGAGAGAGCAGCGCUGCAGGCUGAGUGUAGAAAACUCUGCGUAAUGGCAAUGCAGAUGCAGCUUGAGGCAAAUGCAGAUACUUCAGUGGAAGAAGAAAGCUUUGGCCCACAACCUAUCUCACGGUUAGAGCAGUGUGGCAUAAAUGCCAAUGAUGUGAAGAAACUAGAAGAAGCUGGAUUCCAUACUGUUGAGGCUGUUGCCUAUGCACCGAAGAAGGAGCUAAUAAAUAUUAAAGGUAUUAGUGAAGCCAAAGCUGAUAAAAUUUUGGCAGAGGCAGCUAAAUUAGUUCCCAUGGGUUUCACCACUGCAACUGAAUUCCACCAGAGGCGCUCAGAGAUCAUACAGAUUACUACUGGCUCCAAAGAGCUUGACAAACUACUUCAAGGUGGAAUCGAGACUGGAUCCAUCACAGAGAUGUUUGGGGAGUUUCGAACUGGGAAGACCCAGAUCUGUCAUACACUGGCUGUUACGUGUCAGCUUCCUAUUGACCGGGGUGGAGGUGAAGGAAAGGCCAUGUACAUUGACACCGAGGGUACCUUUAGGCCCGAACGGCUGCUGGCAGUGGCUGAGAGAUAUGGCCUCUCUGGCAGUGAUGUCCUGGAUAAUGUAGCAUACGCUCGAGGGUUCAACACAGACCACCAGACCCAGCUCCUUUAUCAAGCAUCAGCCAUGAUGGUGGAGUCCAGGUACGCGCUGCUGAUUGUAGACAGUGCCACUGCCCUCUACAGAACAGACUACUCUGGUCGCGGUGAACUCUCAGCCAGGCAGAUGCACUUGGCCAGGUUUCUGCGGAUGCUUCUGCGACUUGCUGACGAGUUUGGUGUGGCCGUGGUAAUCACUAACCAGGUGGUAGCCCAAGUGGAUGGAGCAGCCAUGUUUGCUGCAGACCCCAAGAAACCUAUUGGAGGAAACAUCAUUGCCCAUGCUUCAACAACCAGACUGUACCUGAGGAAAGGAAGAGGAGAAACGAGAAUCUGCAAGAUCUAUGACUCUCCCUGUCUUCCGGAAGCUGAAGCUAUGUUUGCCAUCAACGCAGAUGGAGUGGGAGACGCCAAAGACUGAAUCGUUGCUUUUUCCUGUUGUAAACCUUAAGUGCUGCAGCAGCCUAAUGGAGAGGACUGCUCCCUGGGGUCUUCACAGGCCUCUUCCUGUUGUGACUGCCAGGAAAAGGCUUCCAGAAAAACAGCUAUUGUAUCGGCUUUUCUGAUGGGUAAACAGGAUACAGGUCAGUAGUCACAAACUGAUCUGAAAUGUUUUUUCCUUCUGGAGUAUGUUAAUCUGUGAUUUCUUUGGUUUUUGGAAGGGAGAUAUGGAAUACCUUGAUACGGCGCCUUGGGGUUGACUCCAGACUAACAGCUAACUACUGGACAGUUUUGUUUUCAAAAGAACUAAAGCUGGGGAGACCCAACUCUUCCCUGUCAGAAUAAUGGUGAAAUAAAAUGCCUGAGCUGUGUGGCCAGGGAAUGGGUCUCCUCACAGGUUCUUUUUCUCAGUAGAACUCUCCCCUGUCAAUCAGAAGCAGGUGUUUUAAGUUUGUCCAUCUGGACUGUUUCUGGUUAAGGAGUCCUGAGCAUGGCUGCUGGGCCGCCAGCCCUUCACUGUCUGCUUGCUUGGUCUUUGCUGCUAAGACCAACUGAAGAUAAUUCUGGGCUCUUGAGCUUUUCAGACUAUUUAAGUAAAAAGAUUCAGUGAGAGGCUGGUAAUAAAGUAGUUUUAUUUGUA